AUGCGCGCUCCGCCACUCAAGUCGAUAUCUUCCUCCGACGUCGGGUUAUUAGACCCGACCGACCCUCCCAACCUAUCGCGAACUCCCUCGUCGCUCAGUCUCAUGGAGACGGACGAGAAGCGCCAACCCAGCUGGAGCCAGGAACACGAGCCGGAACUUGAGAAAUGGAACGGUACUCGGACGAACGCCUUCCGAUAUGUCGCCACUUUGUAUAGCUUCAUCGUGAUGGGCAUGAAUGAUGGAGCCGUCGGUGCCUUGCUGCCAUAUAUUGAGAGCUACUACGACGUUUCAUACACGGUCGUUUCUCUCCUUUUCCUAGCACCAUUUGUCGGCUACAUCAUUGCCGCUCUCACGAACAACUUCAUCCAUCAUCAACUGGGCCAGAGAGGCAUUGCAAUCAUCGGGCCAAUAGCCCGAACCAUUGGUUUCCUCCCCCUGGCCCUACACCCACCGUACCCAGUCCUGCCAUUCGCCCUGUUGGUGACAGGAUAUGGCAAUGGCCUCGAGGACAGCGGCUGGAACGCCUGGAUCGGCAACAUGCAGAACUCGAAUGAGCUGCUCGGGUUCCUCCACGGCGCGUACGGGCUCGGUGCGACAGUUGGCCCGCUCAUCGCCUCUGCCAUGGUUGCCAGGGCCGACCUGGAGUGGUUCAACUUCUACUACGUCAUGACAGCCAUGACGGCCCUCACCUUCAUCCUCACCUCGACUGCAUUUUGGAAAGCCACGGGCAAGGUGCACCGUGAGAAACACCCUUCGUCGACGGACGGCGCCAAUCACACGUCGACGGUAGCAGUGAUUCGUAAACCGAUCACAUGGCUUCUCGCGUUCUACCUGCUCGCAUACGUGGGCAUAGAAGUUGCACUGGGCGGCUGGAUCGUGACCUUUAUGCUGCGCGUGCGGCACGCGGAGCCGUUCCUAGCUGGCAUCACCACGGUUCUGUUCUGGCUCGGGCUGACACUCGGUCGGCUGGUGCUGGGCUUUGUCACAGGUCGCGUGGGAGAGAAGCGGGCCAUCGCCGUGUACGUCCUCCUGUCUGUCGUCCUGCAGCUGCUGUACUGGCUCGUUCCAAACUUUGUCGCAUCGGUCAUCUUCGUGAUGCUGCUCGGUUUCUUCCUCGGGCCGCUGUUCCCAGCAGCCAUCGUCGCGGCCGCGAAGCUACUGCCGAGGGACAACCAUGUCAGCGUCAUUGGGUUUGCUGCAGCAUUCGGCGGGGCUGGCGGUGCCAUCAUCCCGUUCGGCAUCGGAGCCAUCGCGAAUAGCAGAGGAGUUUGGGUGCUUCAGCCCAUCGCGUUGUCGGUGCUGGUUGUCCUCUUUCUCUUAUGGCUGUGUUUUCCGGGCGGUUACCGGAAGGGCGGGUUAGAAGAGGCGAGGAGAAAUCGGGAACCCAUUGGGAACGAUUUUCGGGCUGCUGUGCGUUGGGUUAAGAAUCUUGCAUCAUGA